ACGGGACAGCACGCACAAGUGCUCGUCAACGGUGGAUACGUAUCUCCAGUACGUCGACAGCAACCAUUUCUACAUGAAUGGCAAUCUGGUGGAUACGAUGACAGCAUCUGCGCUGCUGUUUAUUUUCCAAAACGCUCGAGUAUUGGAUCACGCACCAGGCAUGGACAUCAUGAUGACACAAAGACGACUUGUUGAUACCUCACAACGACGGGUAAAGGUUUUUUUGACAAAUACCAAGGUAGGCAACGUGUGUACGUGGACGGGGUGUGGCGUGCUGUUGCUCUUGACAGUCUUGGUCCUCGUGUUGCCCAACGAGCGGGCUCGACUUUCACCACCGCGUGGAGGCAAUGCACGUGCUGAGAGAUUCGUGGCCAGUGCAGACGGAACAGAUUUACCCCAAUCUAAUCUAUAAGAAGCGCUUCCUGAUCGGCAAGACUGGUGAGGAGAUCAAAUUCGGCGAGUUUGCCGUCGAGUCGGUCGGACUGCACCACAAGAUGGAAGAAGACGAGCAGAUCUACAUUUGAGUUGCUAAUUGUUUUCCACGAAGUAAAAUAGGAGAAAUUGUUAAUGCGUAA